AUAAUUUUUUAAUAAUAUAAAAUGGCGAUGGCGCUUGUUGACUUGUUGUGCGGCGAUCACGUUUUAUUUGUUUAUUAGUUAGUUUCUAUUAAAAUUAAGAACUUAGGUACCUAUUUAAGCGUUUUGUUAAGGAACUCAUCAACGAUGACUGAUGUUAAGUGGAAAAUAGAGAAAGACCUGUGUAGAUGUUGUCAUUCAGAAGGCUCGUUUCGAAACCUUGAUGCUCCUUUUGCUAAUGACUUUGGCGAGGAGGAAAUAUACGGCAAAAUGCUGCGAGAGCAGCUUGGUAUUGCCUUGUUCAAAAUAGAAGGUAUAAUGUCUGAAGUGACAUACACAAUAUGCGAGGGCUGCAUCUUCCGGCUGCGAGAAGCCACCGACUUCAAGAGACAAGUCUUGUCUUGCGAGGAAAAGUUCCAUGAUAUGUUUAAUAGGAAUAUGUUUACUGUUUCAGUUAGUAUCCCCACGCUCACCACUGUGAAAAAAGAGGUCCAAGAUGAAAUAGAUUUAAACUAUGUGGCGGCAGACGAUGACGGCGACAUGGGAGCUGAUGAUGAUGAUAAUUACUCUUUAGAAGAUCUCAAGUUCUCUGAGGAUGACGACAAACCUUUAGGACUGAGUAGUAUAAAGAAAGAAACUCCACAAAAGAAAAGAAAGACCACAGUGAAACCCGCCAAUAAAGUUACCAAGAAGACAACUACUAGGAAAGCAGCCAAAUCGAAAACGAAAGCAGAAACUACAGAAAGUAUACCAGCCACGUCUGCAGAGAAAAAACAAGGACAAAGGGCGAAGCGCUUUCAAUUCACCGAAGAGGAUUUCAGCCAAGACGGCGACACCUACACGUGCAAGCGUUGCGGGAAGCGAUACGACAAGUUCGAAUCCCUGAAAUACCACAUCCGAGCGAAAUACUACAAGAUACCUCGCUUCAAAUGCCCGUUGUGUGAGAAAGAAUUCAUGACGCCGGCGCCGCUUACAACGCACAAACUAGAGGUCCACAACGUGGACGAUCGACACAAGUGCAAUGCGUGCAAAGGAGCGUUCAACACAAAGAUACAGCUACGAAAACACAUAAACAACUUUCACAUGCUUGGGGAGAAGCAUAAGUGCGAGUUCUGCGACUAUGAGACGUUCAGCUUUGAGGGUCUGUAUAAGCACAAGUUUAAGCAUAAGACGGUUAAGGACUAUCACUGUAGGUUUUGCAGGAAGUCGUUUUUGAGGAAGACGACGUUGGAUUUGCAUGAGAGGAUCCAUACGGGGGACAGACGGAAGGUGUGUACGGUUUGUGGACAAGCGUUUGUGCAGAAAGCUAGUUUGAAUUAUCACAUGGCUAAGUACCACCCGGAGAUAAAUUUUUGAAUGCGCUGGUAUAAUUAAUAGGUAGUUAAUUAGUUUAGUGCCAAUUUCUCCAUAGUCUAAACCUAACCGAUAGGGAUUGGUUAAUCAAUUAUACGUCAUCUCCGUAUAAAAUUCAUGACAGGUGUGUCAAAAGUCAACCACUAAUACCUGGUUAUGCUCUAAUCGACUAUGGAGAAAUUCGCACUUAGAAAAAUAACACGAAAAAGGCAUGAUUGAAUUGACUUUGCCGCCAAAAAAGGUAAUAAAAUGUCCGUUUGAAUUUUAAAAGUGUCAUAAGCACUGUCAAUUCCGCCAAUGUCUCGUGUUGAAAAGGAAACAGAGGUUAUAAUUAUAGUUUAAUUUGGAACAUUCUUACACAUGACUUAAGCUUGGGCGUGUAAAUAAGUAUUGUAUAUAAAUAUAGUUCGGUUAGAGGAUAUUUUUAAUGGGAUACCAAUGUAGUUAGACUUACAAAAAGUGCAUUUAAGCAAUGCAAAUUGUCCAGAGAGUCAAUAUUUU